AUCCCAUUGCAUAAGAAUCAUGGGUCACAGCAGUGCUAGUGCUUCCAUCCACCAUGUCUCACUAAUUAUACUGUCAGGAAUUUUAUCCCUUGAAACCAUUAAACUCGGUUUAUGCAGUGAUGAUCAUAAUGUAGGAUGCAUAGAUAUAGAGAGGAAAGCCCUUCUCAAGCUCAAACAAGGCCUCAUGGAUCCUUCCGGACGGCUUUCGUCCUGGGUGGGAGAAGAUUGCUGCAAAUGGAGUGGUGUAGGCUGCAACAACAUAACUGGACGUGUCAACAGGCUCGAUCUUCGCAAUCACUAUUGGUUUGAUUAUUACGGACCAACAGAGCAUGCAUUAAUUGGUGAGAUCAACCCUUCUUUGCUUGUUUUGAAAGAUUUGGUUUACUUGGAUUUGAGCAUGAAUUACUUUGGAGGUGUCUUUCCAAGUUGCAUUGCAUCACUAGAGAAACUGAAAUACCUCGAUCUCUCUGGUUCAUCUUUUGUUGGAGUCAUUCCCCCCAAUCUUGGAAACCUCUCAAGGUUGUUUUAUCUUGAUCUUAAUUUGGGAAUUCUUGAGACUGACCUUCAGUGGCUUGCAACUCUUUCUUUCUUAAAGUACCUUAACUUGGGAGGAGUGAACCUUACUAAGACUACAUCCUAUUGGCUUCCCGCUAUUAAUAUGCUCCCUUCACUUGUUGAAUUGCAUUUGCCCUCUUGUAGUCUUUCCAUAUUUCCUCUCACUCUUUCUUCCAUCAAUUUCACAUCCCUUUUAGUUCUUGAUCUCUCUGGCAAUAAAUUCACCUCCACGGUACCUCCUUGGUUGUUCAAUCUCACUAAACUAGAGAAUUUGGAUUUGUCAUAUAACAGUCUGACAGGAAAACUGCCUGAUUCUUUGGGAUAUCUUAAAAGCUUGAGAUACCUCAACUUGUCGGAUAACUCACUUGAGGGUCCAAUCCCAAAAUCGAUUGGAAAUUUAACAUCUUUGGAGUAGUUUAACCUUGGAGGGAAUCAAAUG